CCAAAGUGAGUUUUGUCUCGUAACUGUACUGUGAGACGACAUUUCGGAUCUAAUUCUCCUUAAAAUCCGCGUUUUCCCGUUUCAUCGCAGCUUGAGCCAAAAUGUCGUCUUUGCAGCGAACUUAGCUUAGUGACCGCGUUCAAAUGGUUCAAAUGGUUCAAAUGGUACAGUCCGAAUGAACUGUGGUGUAACAAGAUGGCAGCUUCAUUGGAAGACGAAUUUGAAGAUGCGCCCGACAUAGAGCCUCUGGAGCCCACGCUGAAGAACAUCAUCGAGCAGAAAUCUCUGAAAUGGAUUUUUGUUGGAGGCAAAGGUGGAGUGGGAAAAACAACCUGCAGCUGUAGUUUGGCUGUUCAGCUGGCCGCAGUGAGAGAGAGUGUCCUCAUCAUCUCCACAGACCCGGCACACAACAUCUCUGACGCGUUCGACCAGAAGUUCUCCAAAGUGCCCACCAAAGUGAAGGGUUAUGACAACCUCUUUGCCAUGGAGAUUGACCCGAGUCUGGGGGUGGCAGAGCUGCCAGACGAGUUCUUUGAAGAAGACAACAUGCUGAGCAUGGGCAAGAAGAUGAUGCAGGAGGCCAUGAGUGCCUUCCCUGGUAUCGAUGAGGCCAUGAGCUACGCUGAGGUCAUGAGGUUAGUAAAAGGAAUGAACUUCUCAGUAGUGGUGUUCGACACAGCUCCUACAGGCCACACACUGCGUCUGCUCAACUUCCCCACCAUAGUGGAGCGUGGCCUGGGCCGUCUCAUGCAGAUCAAAAACCAAAUUAGCCCCUUCAUAUCUCAGAUGUGUAACAUGUUGGGACUGGGGGAUAUGAAUGCAGACCAGCUGGCCUCAAAACUGGAGGAGACUCUUCCCGUUAUCCGCUCAGUCAGCGAGCAGUUUAAGGACCCGGAGCAGACGACGUUCAUCUGCGUGUGUAUUGCAGAGUUUCUGUCUCUUUAUGAGACGGAGCGGCUGAUUCAGGAGCUGGCCAAGUGCCGUAUCGACACACACAACAUCAUCGUCAACCAGCUUGUGUUCCCAGACACCGAGAAGCCAUGCAAGAUGUGCGAAGCCAGACACAAGAUCCAGUCCAAAUACCUGGACCAGAUGGAAGAUCUGUAUGAAGAUUUCCAUAUAGUUAAACUGCCUCUGCUGCCUCAUGAGGUACGAGGAGCGGACAAAGUCAACACAUUUUCCAAACUUCUUCUGGAGCCCUACAAUCCACCCAACAAGUGACUUUUAUUCUCCUAAACCUAAACCCACUGUCUCUCGCCCACACUCGCUCACCCUCACCAUUCUGACGCUGCUCCAUCAGCUCUCUCAGAAACCACAGCAACAUAGAAACAUCUUCACCAACAUUAUUAUUAUUAUUAUUAUUAUUAUUAUAAUAGUCAGAUUCGGGAUGACAACAGUCUGAUACGGUAACACUAAAGUCUCACCUUUCUUUUUGUUUUUUUCCUUUCUCUUUCUUUUUCUGUCCUUUCCUCCUCUCACUCUCUCUCUCUCUCUCUCCUUUUCUAUCCUUUACCUUUCCUUCCACACUUAUUCUUUCAUUUUCUCCUCCUCUUUUUUCUUUCUCUAUUUUUAAACUUUUUUUUCUUUGUCUUUUCUCUUUACACCCCCUUGCGCGCUCUCUCUCUCUCUCUCGCUCUCUCUUUCUCUCUUUCUCUUUCUUUAUUUUUUUCAUCUAUAUCCCACACAGCGACAAUAACGUUCACUUUACUCCUUCUUCAAUAGUCGAACAGUAAACUGGAUCAGCGUGCUUCAUAUUGUCCAUUAAUUCAGAUGUUGUUGAUGGUUGUUUAAUUGUGUGAUGGUGACUUUUGAGUGUGUAUAUAAAAAAGCAUAAAAACUGCUUCAAAGUUGGUGGAAACAUCCCUCUCCUGCUUCUGAUGAGUGAGUGUGCAUGAAAGAAUGUAUUCAGUCUAUUGAAACUGAAAGGGCCCAGCCGUCUGAAUGCUAAUGUAAAUCUAAACUGCGAAUCAGCCGCAGUCUUAUUCCACAGUUGUACAGUUCCAGCCUCAGAGUUACGCCUCUUAUUUUAGUUAGAAGAGCUGCAAUCCGGUCUUUCAGGUUUACCAGUUCGUGUUUUUCGUUCUCUUCCCACUCCCAGCACACCUAAGCCAGAUAAGCCGUUUUUCUAGUCCACAGGUUCCAAACCCUGGUCCUGGAGGACCCCCUGCCCAGCAGGAUUUAGUGUUUUCCCCAGUCCCAGCACACCCUUUUCAAGUCAGGAAGGGCUUGUUAAUGAGCUGAUUAGUUGGCUCAGGUGUGUUGGAAGUGGAGGAACACAAAAACAUGCAGGGCAGGGGGUACUCCAGGACCAGGAUUGGGGACCACGGAUCUACCAAUUCACCGCCAUAAGAUGUGUUUGGAGCGGAAUAGUACAAAAAUGUGGACUGGAUCAGGCCCAUGUGGACUGGAUUUGAAGUCCUGAGUUAGUGGGAUGAUUUUUGGUUUACUCAUCUGAUUUUGAAUCCGUUAUUAUGGCAGUAGUUUAGCAAAAUUCGCAACAGUUGUUCCCCCUUUGCUCUAUGCUGAUUGUUCAGGUAUAAGCUGAUCGGCUACAUUUUGGGGGUAGGGACUGUGUAACUUUAGUUUUUCAGUGGACUGUCGCUUUAAAGCAGUGAGGUGAACAGAGCUUAAUGGUUUCAGACAUAGUGGCUUGAGAAGGCAUAUAGGGAGCUGAAGUCAUGACUGUCUAUAAGUUCAAAGAGCCUGCAGCCUAGGUGAAUGUUUACUUUGAUUUUAGUAAUUUCAACACUAUUGUAAUACAUUCUUGCCAUUUAGCAUUUUGAAAGCUGUAAAAAUCGUGUUAACAGCCCAAUAAUGUGACCCAAAUUUGCCCCAGAUGGACAAUAGCUGUGUAGUUCUAACAGCCAUAUUCGGCACAUGUCAAACUUAUCUUUAAAGUUAAUCUUAAGAAUGUAAACAAGAAUAUUCCAACGCUAGUCAUGCUGUCUUCCUUAAGAAUCACUGACUUGAUCUCAGUGAUACUAUAGUGUAGGCACUUUGAGGUAGUGACUCUUCAGCUCCCUCUUGUGAUUGAUGAGAAUAUUACACAACUUUCCUUCUCUUGUGUGGACUAGGCCAGUGUUUCUCAACCCUGGUCCUGGAGGCCCACUGCCCUGCUCUUCUAUGUGUUUUCCAAGCUCCCAACACACCUGAUCCAACUAAUCAGCUCAUUUUCUGAGUUAAAGAGGGUGUGUUUAAGCCAGAAAAGUGCUAAAAUGUGCAGGACAGUGGGCCUCCAGGACCAAGGUUGAGAACACUGGACUAGACUGAAUGAUGCAUUUAUCUAGUGAAGCACCUGGGUCUGCACAGUGCAUCCGAUCACAGUACAGCUCUGUCCUAAACUUGCUUUGUCUUACGCAUCUCUGGAGAGCUCUUGUUUAAUUUAAUUACAUUUUUGUCACAUUUUACUCUGCAGUGAAAGAUUUCUCAUUGUAAUUCUUGUGUACAAACAAUGUAAUUAUUGCAGUCAGUUGAAGUGCAUUGUAUUUAUAUAGAUUAAUAUUGGGAUUAUUUGUUUUGUUUGCUUUGAUUUCAGGAUGGAGUCCUCAUAAUGAAGCACAUAGUAAAUGAAACUUUUGCUUUU